AUGAAAAAGCUCAGCUUUGAGUGCAUCAAUAAGCAUAAAGCUAACACCGGUGGUAUCAUUUUUGUCAUCGACUCAACAUCCAUUCAAGAUGCGUUGAUGGACACAGCUGAAUAUCUCUAUGAUUUGAUGACAGAUGCUACUCUUGCUCGGUCCCAUGUACCCUUCCUUAUUCUUUGUAACAAAAAAGACUUACCUAAUGCUAAAGAUCCUAUUUUGAUUGAACGAAUGCUGGAGGCAGAACUAACCACUUUGUGUCGUACAAAGGCAGAUGCACUGGCUGGUCUAGACGGUCAUCAGGAGUCCCGUGUACCUCUUGUGAAGAACUCGUGCAAGGAAUUUCGGUUUGCAGAGUGCAAACACCAUAGCGUCACCUUUGCUGAUUGCUCUGCCACGUCAACCGAUAUUAGUCCCGUUCGUCUUUGGUUAGAACGUUUGUAA